ACUGCUGAAGAUCUGCACAAGUAGGGAAACCGGUUGUGUUCGUCUAUAUAUGUUGCUGGACAUAAUCUAAUAAGCUGAAUAUGUAAUCUAGAAAUGAUUUCCAGAACACUAACAUACAUUCUAAUUGCCUCUUUGUGUCUGCAACCAACCGAAGGUUGGCUACUCACCAUUAGUCUUGGAGUCGCCGGAUUUGUUGCUGGUCCUAUCGUGGCCCCGAUAGCAUUGGGGGCAGCUGGAUUUGGUGCCGGUGGUAUUGCCGGCGGAAGUCUUGCCGCCGCCGCGAUGGCUUCAUACGGAGGCGCUGUUGCGGCUGGCUCUGCUCUUUCACUUGCUCAGUCAGCCGGUGCCGCAGGAAUAGGAUUGGCGGGAAAGGUAGCCGCAGGGGCUGUUGGAGCGGCAGUCGGAGCCUUGUAUGAGAAUUCCUAAUGUGAAAAUGGCUGAGAGUAAUUUUUAAUAGAACAGUUGCAGCCUGUUUCAAAAUUAGACCAUUGCUGAAUAAUCUUUGAAAUGUUGUUAAUUUAAUUCAAAAGUCUUUGAAUGAAUCGAAAAGAAUACAAAUAUAUUUCUAAUCGAAGUAGAAAAUUAUCUUUAAACGAAUCAAACGCAUAUUUUAUACACUAGAAAAUAAACCUUUAUAUCUCAUAAGCAAACCAGAUAUAUCUUAAAUACACGUUGUAAACUUGA